AUGACAGCGCCACGAAGCCCUCCUCCUGCCGGCCCUACGAGGAGCGCCGCCGCCGGCGCCACCGGCUCCGCCCCUAGCCAAAGCGCCCGCGCGGCCUGCUCCGCCCCCGAUACCGGCGCAAGCGCGGUCUGCUCCGCCCCCGGUACCAGCGCGGACGCGGCCUGCUCCGCCCACGGUCCCGGCGAACGCGGCGCCGACUUGGAGUGCCAGAACGCCCACUCGGCCGUUGUGCUCCUCGGCUUGGCACUCCAGGCGAUUCUCCGGCCACCGCCCCAAAAACUCUGUGGCUCCCCAGGUGGCCCUCCUCUGACAUCCCCCAGGAUCAAACUCAGGGACGGAAGGUACCUUGCAUACAGAGAAGAUGGAGUACAGAAAGACAAGGCCAGGUACAAGAUCAUCACAGUGCAUGUGUUUGAUAGCACCAAGGACUUCCCCUUACCUGUUUCUAAGCUGGAUAUGGGAAAAAGUGACCCGAAUCCCAAGCGGCAUGUCAAGAGCGAGGCACUGGAUAUCGAGGAGCUUGUUGACCAGCUGGGGCUUGGGCAGAAGUUCUAUGUCUUAGGGGCCUCAAUGGGAGGAUACUCAGUUUGGGGAUGCCUCCAGCUUGCAGGAGCUGCGAUGGUUGUGCCAAUUAUCAACUACUGGUGGCCUUCUUUAACAGCUGAACUAUCUAGGCAGGCUUUCAAGAGACUGGUUGUGCCAGAGCAGAGAACUCUUUGGAUUGCACAUAACAUACCAUCCUUGCUUUACCUGUGGAUGACCCAGAGGUGGUUCCCUUCUUCUGCAGCAGCCAUGCACCACCCUGAAAUAUUUAGCAAGCAUGAUAUGGAGGUUCUUCAGAAGAUGAUGGCAAUGUCAAAAACCAUUGAGAAUAAAUCAAGGCAGCAAGGCAUUUAUGAAUCAAUCCACCGUGAUUUACUUGUCGCUUUUGGAAGCUGGGAGUUUGAUCCAAUGAACAUUACCAAUCCAUUUCCUCAAAAUGAGGGUUCUGUACACAUCUGGCAAGGAUACGAAGAUAGGUUGGUGCUUGUUGAGCAGCAGAGGUACAUUUCCAAGAAGCUUCCGUGGAUCAAGUAUCAUGAAGUCCCAGAAUGUGGACACAUGUUCAUGCUGGUAGAUGGAUGGACCAACCGAAUUCUCAAGGCACUCUUGUUAGGAGAAGAGCCCCUAGAUGUGUGA